CUAUUCUUAGUGGUUUCCGGUUAAAACGGUGUUUUAAAAAAGAGGCAGUAAAGACCUUCAACAAGCAGACAGUUUUCAGUCUCAUUGUUUUCAGACUCUUUUGCCAAACAAGAUGCUGCGGAGAAUCAUCCUGAUCGCCCUGCUGAUAUCCUCAGUUUGUGCUCUUCACUGGGAAAUGCGCAAAGAAAAGUCUACCGGAAAUGAAUUUGAAGAAAGCUCAGGUGAGAUACAAACAGAACAAGCCCCUGGAAUUUGCUGGACUUGCAAGUGGGCAAUGAAGAAGCUGAAAAAACAGAUCUCCAAUGGAGCAACUCAGGACGACAUUAAAAAGAAGCUUGAGAUGAUCUGUGAUGAGAUCGGCUUCCUAAAGUCUCAGUGUAAGACGUUUGUGAACCAGUACAGGGACACUCUGGUCGAAGAACUUUCAACUACCGAUGACGCCAAAACCAUCUGUGUUAACAUUGGUGUUUGCAAGAAAUAGGAAUGGAGUUAAUGGCUUUUUUAAAAUAGCUGUAUUCAAAAUAUCUUCUUUUAUGUUCAACACAAGAGAGAAAUUCAUACAGGUUUGAAACAACUUGAGAGUUCUAUUUUUGGCUGAACUAUCCUUUUAACUAGGUCAAGUGUGAAAAGCCCUUGCAUGUUCACUUCAGCUAGAAAGUUUGUGAGAUUCUGCACUAGAGCUAGAGUGCAUUAGAGCUAAUGGUGUGAUUAUUGUUGCUUUGUAUACCAGUUUUUUGCACAUUUGUCAUGUAUACUCAACUUUACUCCACUUUUUUGCUUUCAAUUGAAAAAUGUGCAAAACAAACUUUCAUGUUUUGUGACAUGAUUUUUUUUUUUUUUUUGUGGCUUUUAUGGCUUUUUUAUUAGAUAGGACAGUAGAGAGCAGACAGGAAAGUAUUAGGUGGAGAGAGUGGGGUGGGAUCAGCAAAGGACCCCGAGACAGGAAUCGAACUUCAUGAUGAUGCUAACAUAUACACAAAUUCUUUCCCAUUGUAUUUGUGCUAGUAAUUCCUCCCAUUUGUUAUCGGAUUUUAAUGCUUGGAAAGCAAUACAUUGUUUUCACAACGCGUCAUAAAUUGGCCAUAUUGGCAGCACUGAAUGUAAGCAAUGCCACUAAACUGAACAGAACUUGCAAAUUUAGCUGAUUAUUGCUGCUGAAAAUGGUCAAUUAUUGUCAUGCUUUGGGCUGUACUAAUCAGUCGGACCGGGAAAAACAUUCAGAGUGCUAUAGACCACCAAAAUUCAUGCAAAAAUUUGCAAAAAAAAAACUGAAAAAAGAAGGCAUUUAGUAGUACAUUAAACCGUGCAAUCCAUGCUGUUGUUUACAUCUUAGUAUCUCCAAUAUGGCCCUCUUUAGUACAGAUCUAAGCAAAGUACCCCUGCUUGAGUCGAGUUCAUCACUGUUUUAUGGUUUGAACCUACAACCUUUCAAAAAUUUGACAAUAAGUGACAAUUUGUGCAUCCAAGCUGACAAGAUGCUAGCGAUCAAAUCUGAAUAACAACUAAGGAAAAGAAAAUACCUUGAAGAUUGAGAUGGGUCAAAGGUCACUGGGCCUUUAUGAGGGCGUUGAGGAGACUCUGAAGGCCAAUUGAGGUCUCUGAAGGGUUGGCAGACAAGUCCAAAGACAUCAAAGAGGAACAAACAGGAGACAUCUAAAAAUAACCAGAAAAUACAAACCUGUAUGACUUUUGUUCCUCUACAGAACACAAAAUGACUAGAGUUGGAACUGAUUUCUUAUUCAGAUCCGGCUCUCUUUAAAUGUUACACAUUAGGUGUUCAUUGGAGUGGUGUAAGAGCAAGUGAAAUUCUCACACUUAAAAUAGAAAAAGACUAAAAUAAAUAAGUUUUUGCGUAUUCCUCUCCUUGGGUCAGUUUGACCCAUCAUAGAAAACAAAAUAAAUCCAAAGUUAAUUGAAGUUUCAAUUGGAAAACGUUUCCAUAUUCUAAUUUAUUAGAUUUAUUAAAUCUCUAUAGAGAUCCUAUAGGCCCUUUAUGGCAGUAACCAUAAAAUGCAAACUAAUAUUAUUUUUUCCAAAAGGGGGCAACAGAGACAUUCAGUUACCCAGUGCAUUACUAAUUUUUAUGUUCACAAUAGAAUAGGACUGCAAUUAUGUGUUUUUAAGAAAUAAUUUAAACAAAUAUGCUUAUAUUCAUAGUAAAAUUAAGAAUUUAAAGGUAAAUAAAAUACAUAUCACAAAUAAUAAUAACCAUAAUAAUAAUAAACUGGAUAAAUAUAAAGAUAAUACUUUAUGCUACCCACAAGGAGAGGUUUUCUUACUCUCUAACAAGAGACAAUGAGGGAUAAAAUAAAUAAAUAUAAAAUAACUAAAGCAGGGAAGCAAAACUCAAUUCCUGGAGGGUCACAGCCCAAGGCCAGCCCACCUGGCUGCUGCAGGUAGAUUGACCAAAAGAUGAAAAUGUUUGCAAUGAAAACAACUUAAUUUGCAAAAUAGUGAGAGAUACAAAACUAAUUAGCAACAGGAAAGAAAACUGUUUAAUAUCAUUAAUAUAUGCUUAUUAUAUGUUAUAUGUCUAUUAUAUGUUUUUUAUAUGCUUAUUAUAUUAUAUAUUAUACAAAACUAUUAUAUAUAUUAAUCAUAUGUUAUAUAUAUA